AAGCAGAACAGUGUGAAUUGAAGGGAAAUAUAAACAGAAAAUAAUGAAAAUUGUCCUAAUCAUCUUGAUUAUUGGUAUUAUAUGUGUCGGUAUUUGUGACGGGAAGAAAACAAAAGACAGAAAGAAAUCAAAGUGUGAUAGAAGAAGUGGCCCGGUUUGUGGUGAAAAUGGGAAAACAUACAGGAACGAAUGCAAGGCUAUUAAAAAGGGUAUAGCUAUAGCAUGUAACAAGACCUGCCCUUGUGUGCCUUGUAUCUGUACAGCAGAGUACGCCCCGGUCUGUGGUAAAAAUGGACAGACCUACAGCAACAUGUGCGAGGCAAAGUGUGCGGGCCAGAAAGUUAAGUGUUCCAAUGAGUGUCCUUGUAAGAAGAAGAACCGCUGCGACAGAUGCUUGAGAAAGAAACAAAAGGCGGUGUGUGGCAAAGACGGAAAGACCUACCUAAAUAAAUGCAUGGCAAAAUGCAGUGGACAAACCUUGCAGUGUAAGAACCAGUGUCCUUGCCCGACAUGUGAUUGCUCAAAGCCAACAACCCGGUGUCUGACUGAUGCCAGUUUGACCAGGAAAUGUUACGACCCCUGCAGGAAACAAUGCAAAAAGUAUAGGAAGAAAUCAAAGAAAAACAAGAGGCCCUCUAAGAGAUGUAGGUGUAAGAAGAACAGAAGACCAGUCUGUGGAAAAGAUGGCGUUACCUAUGGCAACAGCUGUAUGGCAAGAUGCAAGCGUGUAAAAAUUGCAAGCCAGGGAGAAUGCCCAUGCGCAUGUCCACUGUCAUAUCUUCCGGUUUGCGCAUCUAAUAACAAAACGUACGACAACGAGUGUUCAGCAAAGUGCGAAAAACAAACGGUCACCUGCAAUGGUCAAUGUCCUUGUCAGGAAUUGAGACCAUGUCCUCGAAUAUUUUUACAAGUGUGUGGGUCAAAUGGACAAACUUAUGAUAAUGACUGUCUCGCAAAACAAGCAGGCCAGACUGUUGCUUGCCAAGGCCAAUGUCCCUGCAGGUCUUCCUUGCUACCCUGUCCUCGGAUUAUGAACAAAGUGUGUGGCUCUGAUGGCCAGACUUACAACAACGACUGUCUUGCCCGUCAAGCUGGAGUGACAGGGGAAUGUUCAGGAGAAUGCCCUUGCUCUCAACGACCUUUACUUCCUUGUCCAAAAAUCAUCAAUAAAGUCUGUGGAGCAGAUGGUCAGACGUACAAUAAUGAUUGCUUGGCAAAACAGGCCGGUCAGCCAGUGGAUUGUGAAGGGGAGUGCCCCUGCCCCACCAGGAGCAACCUUCGACUCUGCCCUCGGAUUUAUAAUCCAGUGUGUGGCUCUGAUGGGAAAACCUACGAUAACGAAUGCCUGGCCAAACAGGGAGGAGUUCAGGUAGUACAGGAAGGAAGAUGUCCAUGCUUUUGUCAGCUGAUCCUUAAACCCGUCUGUGGAGCUGACAAUAUAACCUACGACAAUGAUUGUAAUGCAAAAUGCAGUGGACAAACAGUGGAUUGCGAAGGGACUUGCCCAUGUAGAAGCAACUUAAGGCCAUGCCCACGGAUUAUUUUACCAGUUUGUGGUAGAGACGGAAAGACCUACAACAACCGUUGUCUAAUGGAACAAGCUGGUCAAACUUCUGAUUGUGAGGGGGAGUGCCCCUGCCCAACCAGGAGCAACCUUCGACCCUGCCCUCGGAUUUAUAACCCUGUGUGUGGUUCUGAUGGGAAAACGUAUAAUAACGAAUGUCUGGCAAAACAAGGGGGAACCGAAGUGCUUCGAGAAGGCAGAUGUCCAUGUAUAUGUCAGGAAAUUUACAAACCUGUCUGUGGCUCUGAUAAUAAAACAUAUGACAACGCUUGUAACGCUGGAUGCAGUGAUAUUUCUGUAACCUGUGAAGGCCAGUGUCCCUGUCAAUCAUCUCUUAGGGCAUGUCGAAUGAUCUAUAAUCCUGUCUGUGGGGUAAAUGGACAGACGUAUAGCAAUCGCUGCUCUGCAGAAGCUGCGAAUGUGGCUAUUAAUUGUAAUGGAACAUGUCCGUGUAGAAAACCGUGUGCUUGUCCAUUCAUACUAAAACCUGUAUGUGGUAGGAAUGGUGUUACAUACGACAACGAGUGCGGAGCCAGAUGUGCGAACCAAAGCGUAGAAUGUGAAGGGCAGUGUCCAUGUCGGAAGACGUGCGUGUGUCCAUACAUAUAUUUACCAGUGUGUGGAAUGAACGGCAAAACAUACGACAACGAAUGUUCAGCUACCUGCGACGGUACUGAAAAACAAUGCAGUGGGUCUUGCCCAUGUCCUGAGAGCAAGCCUUGUUUGUGUUCACGAAUUAUCGACCCUGUUUGUGGCACAGAUGGCGUAACAUACGGUAACAGCUGCCAGGCUCGUUGUGCGAGUCAAUCAGUGGCGUGUAAUGGCGAAUGCCCCUGUACCAUAUUAGCGUGAGGAUGAAUUCAAUGGAAAUCCCCAACAAAGAGCUUAUAAUGUUUAGCAGAGGAGUAUAGGGACAAGAUGAAUUCAAUGUUUGAAGUUAUGUCUUCUUUUUGUACUGACUGACCACACCUCCCCCAUAUUUUUAUAAUUAUGUAUUUUAUUUCUUGUCUUAAGUAUGUGAAUUUCACAUGUAUCAUAAUAAUUGAACACCGUUGAAGAACCAUUGAGGUGCUAUAUUUAUGUGACCCAUAUAUAUUUUUUUUCAUAUAAGUGUACGUAUAUGUAACAAAUGACUGUUUCACAUAAAAGAAGUAUCAUAUUUUCCUUAUAUUUACAAUAACAUUGAACAAACCCAGUAAAAAUAUUGCAAAUGUAUAGAUUCUGUGAAUUUUAUGGCAUACUUUUAUACAACAUUUUGUCAAACAGUUUUUUUUCUAUCAACACUGAAAACAAGAAUCAAAAGAAUAGACCUAAGCAGCUAUUAGCAAUGCGUACAUGAUUAAUGUUUAAAAGUUGAUACUGAUUUUGCUUACCUAUACAGAUAUGAAUUGCUGAUUCAUGUGUUCGAAAUAAUUAUUUGUAUAAAUGUCUUACAUUUUAACUGUAAACACCUUUUUAAUAAUAAAAGCUCAAAUAUAUGUAUUAUA